AUGCUCGCCCUCGACUCGGCUACUACCGACGACAUGCUCGCAAUAUUGCCGACGAGCGCAACCACGAUCGACUUUGGGAAGCCGUCGGCAUCGACGCUCACUGUGCUGCCCACCCGCGCCUCGUUGCCCAACAUGGCUUCCACUUCCACCGCAUCCUCCUCAGAGCCCACCCCAGUACCGGCUACAAAGGGCAAACGAGUGCAUGCUUUAUUGGAAUUACUUUCGUCAGAACGGGCUUAUGCAUCCGACCUGUCCCUCGUCCGCGAGCUGCACAUCCCCGCAGCCCGCGGCCACCUCCCGCACACCGGCCCGCCUCCCCCGACACCACCCGCCUCGUCCGGCUCCUCGGCGCGCACGGCCUCGAUGGCAUCCAACGACUCGAGCUAUCUCGAGCACGGCCCGGCGAUGACACCAGAAGAUGUCCGACAAGUGUUCGGCAAUAUCGCCGAGGUUGCCCUGUUCGCGGAUACGUUCGUGGAUCGCAUCGAGGAUGCGCUCGGGAACGUGUUGGAAGGGGGCGUCGGCCUAGAUAGAGUUGGAGCAUUAUUCUUGGAUAUAAUACCGCUUAUGGAACCACCUUACGCCGUCUACAUAUCGCACCACACACGCGCCCUCUCCUACCUUGAAAACAUGCCCCGUACGCCGGCGCUGGCAGCUUACCUAGCGCACACCCGCGCCUCGGCCGCUUCCUUCUCCCACGCUUGGGACCUCCCAUCUCUCCUCAUCAAGCCCGUCCAGCGCCUGCUCAAGUACCCGCUGCUUCUACACACAAUAAUCCAAGACACGCCGCAGACGCAUCCGGACUACGAGUCUUUGGUCCAAGCAAAGGCGCGCAUCGAGCGUGUGGCACAUGCUGUCAACGAACAACAGCGCCGACGUCAGGUGGUCGCAUCUAUCCUCGCCGAACCGCCACAGGCGCUCCAGAUCAGGAAACGCACCCUCCUCGCCCGGACACAUAGCAGCAAGGGCCGGCCCGGGACUGCCGAUGGGGACGACGGGCUGGAUGGAGACGACAGCGAGAGCGCUGAGCGGCUGAAGGCGAUGGAGGUUGAAUUGCGCGCUGCGCUCGAGUUGUUCGAUAAGCUCGCCGACGCGGCCGACGCCUGGGCCGCAAGUUGCACCGCCGCCACCAGAACCCUAUCUGUCUGGGCUCAUGCCUUUGGCGCCCUGUUGGGUCUGGACCCACCCCCUUUACCUGCAGACGAAGAGGACUCUAUACGCUCGCACAACGGGCUCGACGAGGAGGAGCCAAACGACGCGUACGGCGCAUUCCUCAAUCUCGUUGAUAAGCGCCUGGCGGCGCUCUCCCACGACGCUGCGUCGCUUGUUGCAGAGCAGCUGCGCCCCAACUUGACAAAGCUGAAGGCGGUCGCAUCACAACCUCUGACGCUACUCAACGCACUACACGCCUUGCAACCUGCCCACGCAGCAGUACUGGCUCAUCCCGCGAACAAGGGAAAGCCGGAUAAACAGCUUCAGGAGCACGCCUCUCAGUACGCCGCCCUGCGGGCACAACUGCUGGACGAGCUUCCCGCAGCGCUCGCAUUAGCCCGCGCAGGAGCAUCAGCCUGUGCGGCGGCGGCGGUGCGAUGGCACACCCUCUGGUUCGCAGGUGCACGGGCGGGGUGGGGAGCUCUAUGGGAGAGCCUACGUUUACCCGAAGAAGCGACUGCGAGGGGAAGAGAAGAGACGGAGGCGGUAUGGCGUGCACGGGCCGCCGAUGCUCACGCGUCAUUGGCUGUAUUGAGAUCAUUGAGGCCGCCCGUACCGAUCGCACCGUCUAGGAGGGAUAGCGCGGGGAGCAGCAGGAGUGCGGAUGCGGAUAAGAGCGUGAGGGCGCUUGUGGCGGCUAGCAUGUUCAACGCGCUUGAGCCUGCUGUGUCUGGGCGUUCGCCGAGUUUUGCGGAUAGAGAUCGGGAGAGGGAGAGGGAUAGUGGACGGGAUAGGCCGGAGAGGGGUUGGAGGAGAGUUGGGAGGAGAAGGAGCGAUGACAGUUUGAAGAGCGCCGCUAGCAAGAGCUCGGGCGAGGAUGGGCCACUGACGUUGGCAAGCUCGAUCGGCUACGGAUUUGGCAGCUCGUUCGCGUUUGCAAGUCCUUCGGCGUCGAGCUUUGCGACUCCACCUGGUCCAUACAGGACACCGGACUCGAGAAGACAGUCCGUACCGCCGUCCCAUGCAAGUAUCCCGGAGAUCGACGAAGGCACACUAUCGCGACAUGCGACGGACGGCCACCGAUCGACACCAGGGGCUUCGACUUCCACUACGCGCCCGUCGAGUUCGCGAACACGAACCUACACGAACGAGGACCGCGGCCGGGACAGUAAAGACAAGGACCGGGACAGCAAAGACUCUAAACGCGGGCGCGCCGCAGCGUUCUUCGAGGCCGUCCGCCCUGCUGCCAUGGUCCGCCGCUCGAGCAGCAAGCGACGCGAUAGCAGUCCCGGAGCCUUCGUUGCAACAGAAGCACCUCUCGAGCCCUCCUCAGCCGCCCCUGAUGGCGAAUUUCCGCUCGACAAUAGCUACAGCGCGCGCGAGGAGGGUUACUCGUACAUCCGCCGCGAAGAAGUCCGUGGGAAGCUUGUGCCGAACCGGCCGGGGAGUGAGGGCGGUGUGAUGCCUGCGCCGUUGAGGCCAAACAGGAGGAGAGAUAGUAACGGGAGGGAUAACCUGCCACAACGACCGUCUACGGCAGGCGCGGGGUCGCAUCUGCAACAUCAGCAUCACGAGUACGAGCGGGAUCGCGAGCGGGAACGGCAUUCAGGGCACGAGUUUGCGUACCUGCAUGGGGACCCGCACGCGUCUGCUUCCUUCACCCAGAUUCCGCAUAGCGCGAGCCAGCCUACGCUCCGACCCGCACCGCGCGAGUCGAGUUUAGCUGGGAUGCCAUCCAGCGCGAGCGCCAGUUCCGCAGCGCUCAACGGUCUAUCGCCCCCGCCUAUUCCUAGGCGCGCAGAGACGCGUGGUGAUCCUUCCUCGACACACUAUGGGUCUGGAGCCGGGAGUAGAGGAGGGAGCGCUAGCUCGCACAACGGCCCGCGUCCGCCUUCGCCGCGCGUCUCGUCAAAAUGGCUCACUCAGCCCCCGCGCUACGUCGUCACGGCCGUGCACGCCUGCACGCCGCCCGCAGCCGCUUUGUAUUGCGGUCUACCGUUCUUUGCGCUCAAGCGCGGCGAUGCAUUUGAGGUGUUGAGGGAAGCGGGGCAUCCGAGGGCCCAUAGAGAGAGGGGCAUACCGCUUUGGGUCGAAGAGGGAGGCGACGAUUGUUUGUUGCUUGUUAGGAAACCGGGGAGGGAUGGGGCGAAGGGCGAGUUGGGGUGGGCAUUGGCGAGUUUCAUGUGGCCUAUUGAUUGA